AUGGCGACCCAGACAAGCAAAAGAACGUUGACCUACGGACGGCAUAGCUCCCUACAGACCAUCACCGCAACACCUCUCGAGCAACAUAAAGAUGGUUACUGGGUAAUCUAUAUCCACGGUGGCGCCUGGCGUGAUCCAACCAUCACAGCAGAAUCAAUUGAACCAACCCAAUCCAAUCUCCAAGCCUCACCGGAGCUCCCCAUCACAGGCUUGGCCUCGAUCGAGUACCGACUCAGUGCACACCCAAACCACCCCCAAGACAAAGCCACAACACCCCCCGAACAAUACCGCAAUGCCAAACACCCCGAUCACAUCCGCGAUGUGGAAGCAGCGCUAGCCUUCCUGCAGAAUACAUACAACUUCGGGCAGCGGUACAUCCUUGUCGGACACAGCUGCGGCGCAACACUAGCUUUCCAGGCGGUCAUGGGCGCGGUAGCAGGACAUCGGGAACAAUUAUUCAACGGGAGUGCAGAUGAGAGCGACCAAGAAACCGAGCCGGUGACUUCGUCUCCAGAACCCCUUCCGCCGCGUCUGUCUGCGCACCCAACAGCUAUCGUCGGUGUCGCGGGUAUCUAUGACUUACGGCAGAUCGUUGAAACACACCGGGAUAUCUCAGAGUACCGUAGGUUUGUUGAGGGGGCUUUUGGAGCGGAUGAGUUGCUUUGGGAUGCGGUGUCGCCGGCUCAGAUGGUUGGGUCAAGGGGGGUAGAGGGUGGUUGGAAGACUGGGCGAUUGGUUGUGCUGGCGCAUUCAAAGGAUGAUGAGUUGGUGGAUCAAGGUCAGCUUGAGACGAUGCGGGAGGCGCUUCGUGCAUGGGAGGACAGGAAGGCGCAGGUUUCGAAACAAGAGUUGACUUCGAAUGAUCGCCGUGUGCAAGUCCUCUCACUUACUGGAGAGCAUGAUGAGGCCUGGUCCAAGGGCGAGGAACUUGCCCGUGCGGUUAGGUGCGCCUUUGAGGAGCUGCGGAAGAUGGGAUUAUCGCCUUAG